AUGGGCAAAUGGUUGGAUGUCGUCCGGGACUGUGACAACUUUCCCUACGCUGAAGAUGAGGACUCGCAACAUAAACAACAGUACAGCUACGAUUCCUUAUGGAAGUUCUUCCUUCCAGAAGACCCUAGGCCACACGGUCUGAUGGUCGACUCGGUUGUGUCAAAGAUGCCUUGGACAUCGGAUUUCCGCGUGAUCUCAACAUCCCACAAGAAAGAAGUUCAUCUUUUGCGGCCUCAAGGGGAACAGAAUUGGCAAGGUCAAUGCUCUAAAGCCAUUGAGAGACAGGUAGCCGUCGCGCGAGAAUCGGGGGCUUUGCCAGGCCUAGGGAGACCACGAGACGAACAAUUCCCUAUCGUUGGCGCUCGGUUCCCCGUGGGGAUAGAUCGCUCUGCCUUUUCGAUGUUCGGGAUUAUUGGCCGCGGGGUACAUAUGACCGUGUACACUCAAACGGAUUCAGGAAUAAAAUUCUGGGUGCCUCAGCGGAAUGCGAACAAGUCAACGUACCCUAAUUGUUUGGACAAUACCGUUGCCGGUGGGAUGGCUACGGGCGAGGGACCGUUAGAAUGCCUGCUACGUGAAGCCACCGAGGAGGCAGGAAUGUCGGAAGACAACCUGCGGAGGGAUGUACGAGCCGCAGGUACGGUGACCUGGAUCAACAUCAGCGACGAAAGAUCGGGAGGUCAGCCGGGACUGAUUAAUCCCGGGGUUCUAUACGUCUACGACAUGAAAGUGAAGCCCGACGUUGUCUUCCAACCAGUGGACAACGACAUCGAAGCCUUCCACUUGAUGGAUGCGGACGAGGUGAAGCAGGCUUUGCUGGGCGGCCGAUUCAAACCAGCAAGUGGAUGUGUCAUGCUUGAUUUCCUGGUUCGACACGGUGUCAUCACGCCUGAGGAGGAGCAGGACUAUGCAGAGAUUGUAUCUCGGCUGCACAGAAAACUGCCCCUGCCGUCGCGCUCGUACUCGUAA